AUGGAAUCACCCUGGGACGAACGAGAACAUAGAUACCGUCCUGCUCGUCAGUUACCCUACACCCUGAACGAGCGAGCCAGGGUUAGUAUCGAAGAAACUCUUUAUCCGUCUGCUGUUGAGUUUCUAAAUAGUAUAUCUAUCCCUGGGACCUCCACACCCUCGGAAGCACCCCAUCCGGCUUUUAUCCCCCCCAGCACCUUCCAGCGUUGCAUAACUACCCUCAUUGCGCAUCCGUACUACACUACUCAAGUGUCGAAGAACGAGCCCUACUCGGCCGCUCCUGGAAAUGCUUACUUGCUGCUCCGCCGCAUGCUGAGGUUGGUUGGACCGCUCAAUGCUGAGUUCUCCAAAGCAUGGGAAUUUAAGAAGAGCGCUCGCGCUGGCCGUCAGGUUAUUAGAGGUAAAACGAGGGGUAGGGGCAGUAAAGGCAAGGAACUAGAUCCUAUUGAUGCAUUCUCCACGGAUGAUGAUUUGAAUGGAGACUUUGCUACGACAGAGUCACUUUUCAACGUCGCGGACGACUUUUGGUCAAUUGCUGGCUGGGCUUUCACCUGUUCGGUGUCUCACCCUAAGCGCUGGGAGUGGUGGAAGCUAGUGCUCGACUUGAUGAUGGAUGUUAUGGAGCAGGAUUGGGAGGACCGUUUGGAAACUAAAGAGGCUACUAGGGAUAAGAGUGCGCUCGAUGAGGCGCUGUUCGUAAAGCUCUUGCCUCGAGAUACGGGUAGUGUUGGGUGCAAAAAGAUCGUUAGGGCAAUCAUGACAUGUGCUGAGGAGAAGAGCUUCAAUGAGUGGAAGGAAAUCUGGGAGAAUGAGCUAUCCACCAAAAGGCCAAGGAAGAUUAGAAUAGGAACUCAGGAUACCGCGUUCAUGGACGAUGACGACGAGGAGGAUGACGUAGAGGAGAAGGGUGUGAAAGGAGGAGUGGACGGUGACGGCGACACAGAAAUGCAGGACGCUCACACUUCCAAUGAAGUGGACGGUCUUCCCUCUGUAUCAGAAGCAUACGGCGGCAUGGAGUCUGUAGACCUCCGCCAACGACUACUAUCCAUGCUUUCCACAGUCUGUAUCGCAGGCUGCUACGUUCCGACGGAAGACCUCUUCUAUGAAUUCACAGAAACCUUCAUCCGCCUUCCCCUUCCGCACUUCCACCUCUUCACUUCCACCAUGCUGGACACUACCACAGAAUACAAGUGCACCCUGAACCAACUAAUCCUCAGCAUGAUAAUUUCAACAAAAGCCCCAGUCUACAGCGGCCGGUUAACCGCCACCGCCCUUAUCAACAACUAUCUCCCAUUCGAAGCAAAGACAACUCAGCUAGCUGACAACACUAGAGUGGCGAUCCUACUAGAAAGCCUAACCCGCCUCCUCAUUAAUGCUAAACUCCUCGAGUACUCAGAGAGCUUGCAGACUGCGGUGGUCAGGGGUAUUAGGGCGCGCGCGUCCAAGGUUCCCAAGUCAUUUCCUAAGCCGGGCACACAAAAAUAUCUCCUGGAUCGUGAGAUUAGGGGCAUCUGGAGCGCGGCGGAAACAAGGUUGAAAGGUCUCGCAGGGAUUUUACAGCUACGGAAGGAGGAGGGAGCUCAGGGUUCUAGUCUGGAAAGUUGA